ACCCGAAGAUGAAGACCGAACCGAACCCAACCCGUACCCGAACCGAAUCCCUACGCCGAUCCGAACCCGUACCCCCGCCAGCUCACGACCCCUACGGCUACCAGCCCCCUCCGCCCCUCCCCAGCCGUUCUACGGCGGAUCUCACGCUGCAGCACGUGAGCCACGAGUACGGGCGCCGGAUAACUACGCCCUCCUCCUCCUCGCCGCACGUGCAGCACGUGAGCCACGAGGUGGGCCGGCCGGCGGCUACGGAGGCGGGUACGGGUACGAGAACCAGGUGCCUCAGCGUCAUACAUGAGCAUUCGCCCGGGGUUCUUCCCCCCGCCGGUGGUGGAGCACGUGAGUCACGUGAGCCACGAGAGCGGGAUGGGGGAGGUGACACGUCAGCCGACGGUGAGGGUUUUCACCAAGGCCGCGGAGGACUACUCGCUGUCGAUCAGGGAGGGGAAAGUUGUGCUCGUGCCCGCUGAUCCCAGAGAUGAGUAUCAGCACUGGAUCAAAGAUUUGAAGUACAGCACAAGAGUGAAGGAUGAAGAGGGUUGCCCGUCCUUUUCACUUAUAAACAAAGUCACUGGAGAGGCUAUCAAGCACUCAGUUGGAGCAACUCAUCCUGUUCGAUUGGUUCCGUACAAUCCAGAUUAUCUCGAUGAAUCAAUACUGUGGGCAGAGAGCAAAGAUACGGGUGAAAACUUCCGCUGCAUUAGGAUGGUAAACAAUAUAAGUUUGAAUUUUGAUGCAUUUCAUGGAGACGAGGAUCAUGGUGGAGUUCAUGACGGAACCAUCAUUGUCCUUUGGGAAUGGCUCAAGGGAAAGAAUCAGAGGUGGAAGAUCGUCCCCUACUGAUGAAGGGGAGUUAUAUCGCUUGUGAACUAUGUUGUUGCCAGUUGGCCGAAGAAUAAAUUCGUGAUUGUGAGUAUGUGCAUCCGUAUGGCAUAUAUUGUUGAAGGUUUGUAUAAUUGAUGCACUAUAAGCUUGCAAACUGGUUGUACUACUUGUAUGUGUGUUGUGAUUAUGUAUUGGACUUUUGAAGACAUAAUAAUGCUCUUUUUCCUGUUUUCUUCUC